AUGGAGCGCGCAGUGAAGCAGGCGCGGGGAAAAACCACUUGCCUAAGGACGCUCGACGUCGACGUGAACAUGCACGACCAAGUGAAAAUGAGCAACUUCUGCGUGAGCGUCACGUCGAGCGGCAGCCCGAGCGGCAUCCCCAACAACGGCUGCAACGUAAAUGUGCCAGCAUCAUCCCCAAACGUAACAAAUUAUGAACGCGGUCAGAACAGUUUCAUGGGACAAAGCGCGAAUGGCCACGAGUAUAAUUUACCGGCCAACCAAAAAAUGAUGAGUCAUCAGAGUGUUCCGCCCGGCCAGCACCCCAGCGGCAGCGCGGGCGAUUAUGCGGGCAGUUAUGGAGCUAAUUAUGACGCCAAUUGUGGGGGCAAUUAUGCGGGCCGUUAUGACGCCAAAUAUAACACCAAUUAUGACGCAAAUUAUGAGGCAAAUUAUGACGCCAAUUACGAUAGCAGCUACGAUAGCAGGGCGAACGAAAAUAAAGCGAACUGGCCGAGCGGGAACUCCCUGGGCAGCACACACAGCGCGAGCGGCAUGCACAUCGCACUGAAUAAUGGCCACCCGUCGUAUGUAACGGAUGGGGAACAGCUUUUAUGUCAGGCGAAACUUCUUGUGGGCAGAACAAAUUUUGACAGCGCGAGUAGCCCCAGCGGAAACGUGGCGCAGGCGGCGAACUGCGGCCCGGGCAGUUUGCAGUCAAGUGGGCACCAAGUUGCGCAGCAAAAAAUGCAGCAAAAAUUGCAGCCACAUUUGCAAUCACAUUUGCAGUCAAGUGUGCAGUCAAAUGUGCGGCCAAAUGUGCUUCCAAACGUGCCGCCAACUGUGCAGUCACCCCCCCGCGCGAGCAACAACGCGCACAACGUUAACCCUGAGCAGAAGAAUGCCAAUUUGUGCAACUACAGUUUGCAGCAAAACUCUCCGCUCAACCAGGAGCACCAAAUGUUGAGUGCACAGAAGGGUUACUGCCCGAGUAGUAGUAACGGCAUGGCGAACGGGAAUGGCUCUGGUAUGGCGAACGGGAAUAGCUCUGGCAUGUCGAGCGGGAAUAGCCCUGGCAUGGCGGGGGUGCCUUACCGCCCGCACGACAAUUUUUUAACCCCAAAUGUGCCCGGAAUGGGUGGAGCAAAUAUUUGCGCGUCGAACAGCGGCGCCCAAGGACACCCAAACGGCAUGGCAAAGGGCACACAACAAAAUCAGGGUGCCAUGGUGAGUAGCCAAAUGAAUGCCUGGAAUGGAAGUUACGACUUGGGGAAGGGCAACAGCACGGUUGCAGGGAGUAACGCUUUUCCCUAUGCCAAUAUUAUGAACGGUGAAGGUGGAAAAAUGGGGGAAGAAAGCGCAAGAGCAUCGGGAGGCAAUUACCAAGUCGCGGUGAAUAACUACGAUGGUAGUUACGUUAGCAAAAAUUACGGCGGAAGUGGUGGUGGUGGUGGUAAUGGCCAUGGCAACCUUGGUGCAAGUUGCGCUGGCGGGGCCAACGACCCCGGCGGGAACAGCCACAGCCGCGCUGUUAGCAGCGGUGCAUGCAGGAGCAGCCAAUAUAAGGGCAACCUGACCCCCCAGCAGAAUAACAACAGCAGUGUGGGGCUAAACAUGAGUGGCAAAAAAUCUGAACACAUUUUGCAGAGCAUUAACAAAGUAGUAAGUGCAAGUGGCAAGGUGGAGAUGAUGGUGGAUGUUCCACAGCAGGGGGGUCCCAUAUUGAAUAACAUCGAGGUGUUAAGUGACUACAGUAAGGUGCAAGGCAAUUUUCGAGGGAGCGAGACUAGUGCACUAUCUUUUUCUAGUGUGAAUAAGAACGGUGUUAAGUUUGUCGACCCGCGGAAAGGCGCCGACGGUUAUGUGGCGGUGAGCGGUAUUGGCAGUGGAAGCGGCAUUGGUAGUGGCAGCGGCAUUGGCAGUGGCAGCGGCAUUGGCAGUGGCAGCGGCAUUGGCAGUGGCAGCUGUAUUGGUAGUGGAAGCGGCAUUGGCAGUGGCAGCGGAGUAGGCCCCUACACCAGUGUGCCAAAUUUUAGCAGCGCAGCGGAUCACGGCAAGCAAGUGAUGGAGGGUAGUAGCACACACGGCUCUACACUUGACGCCGCAGCUCACCAGUCGAAUUUGUUAAGCAAUCACACGGGAGGAGCUCUCCCCGGAAGUAGUAACAUCGAGAACAGCUUCAGUGCGGGCGGCUCCAACCUGAUCAACCAAACGGGUAGCUCCUGGACGAUGCAAAACGGUGGUGGGAGCGGUAGCGGGGUUGGAAGUGGGAGCGGCCUCUACGGUGCAGGAAGCACCCCCGCGAGCAAUUUCCCCAGUGGCCUACAUGGUUCCGCGCAGGUCCCCCAAAAGAUAGGAAACUUCACCAGGGGGAAUGCCAACGACCCGACCAGCGGUAGCAGCGGUGGUGGGCACGCCAGCGACAACCAUGCGAGUUACGCGAAUCAUGCGAAUUUCGCGAAUGGAAAUGUGAUGAGCAGUUACCACAGCCACGUCCACGGCAACUUGAGCAGCACUUUUGCGAGGGACAAUGCUGAGUUGGUAAUGAACGCAAGGAACGACGAUAAGAGCGGUGAGGGCGGUGACGCCUUUUUUAAUGGGAGCAGUGGCCACUUAGGUGGCGGGCUGCGAGCGGGGCACCCCGGCAGUUACGCGAAUGUGCAGGGUAGCGCGUAUGGAAGCGGUCAUGCAAGCGGUCAUUCAAGCGGCCAUGGUACCGCUCACAUCAGCAGCCACGGCACCGCCAUCCCAAGUGACAUGUCCAACGUGUCCGCCAAAAAGGCGAACCAGCAGUUUAACGUGAUGAAAAAUAUGAACAUGAUUCAGUCGAGCAGCUACCCGGCGAACGGAACUAACAAGCACGACGUGCAAGUGAAUAACAUGGGUGGCUACCACCAGCCGCAUUCCAUGAAAGAGGUCAACAGCGGCAUGACCGGUGUGCACCCCGGUUCGGUUGGCGGCGCCAUGGUGAGCGGCGGCCUGGCGAGCAACGUCAUGGCGAGCAACGGCCAAGCGACCCACUUUAAUCCCUACGGCAAGGUCAACAACAACAGCGCCGACGCGGCGAAAGGAGGAUCCUACCCUGAAAGCGGUUCCCUAAAUGGAAGCAAAUUUCUAAGCGGCAGUGAGUACCUUAACGGUAGUAGCGCCCUCGGCAGUGGCGCCCUCAGCAGUGGCACCUUCAGCAGUGGUACCACUCACAGUAGCAGUUUAAGUGCGCAGAAGAUGAACGAAUCCGCCAAGGGCAUUUCAUCCCCAGCGCACGGCACAAACGGGAGCUACAAUGCGAAAAAGGCAUUUUACGGUUCCAAGGCGAACACAUCGAAUUUGUAUUCGCCCAAAGGAGGGGAGUACCCCAUGAGUGGCGGGGCGGUCAAGGGCUCAGCUGGUAUGUACGCAGGUGGUCAUGGGGGGAGCAGCGGAAUGGGCACUGCCCCGAUGAGUGCCCCGAUGAAUGAUCCCGUGAAUGCCCCCGUGACUGCUUCUGUGAGUGGGCCCAACGGGCAGGUGAACAGCCUGAACAGCGCGCUGACCAACACUGCGAACGAAAUUGAUCACCUCACGAACAACCUGACCAACACCCUCUCAAACAGCAUGACCAACCACAUCACCAAUAACUUGCAAAUCGUCCACAACAAUCACAUCACACAAAAAAUUAACAACAAUAUAUCCAUCAAUUUAUCCAGCGGGAUAAAUGGCAUGAAGAAUGUCAACCUGGCCAACAUCAACAGUUUUAAGAAGAAUGUUUUUGGCCCAGCCAGCGGGGGGGAUGUGCCUCCCAUAGGGGGGGUGCCUCCAAUGGGUGAAGUGAACAGAAGUGCUUCAAAGGUGGACUCUCCGGAGCAUUUCACCGACUCUGUGAAGUUCUCCCUGGCCAACAGCGGCGGAGGUGGCAGUAGCUAUGGCAGUGCCUAUGGCGGUAACAGCGUGUACGCGGGGGAAGCCGCGGCCGGGAAGCGCAGUGGCACGCUGCCCAGUUAUUACCACGCGAAUGGGGGGGGCGGCAAUGGGAGCGCCGUUACUGGGAGCGGCGUGCAUGGAAGCGGCGCCAACUACGAUCUGCUAAAAAUGAUAGCCAAGGGGAACAACCUGAACCCAGGCGACGCAAGAAAGGGCUUGGCCAUGCAGAGAAGAGGGGUGCUGGACUCAGGCGCGGCGAGCCCCUACGGAAACGCGGACAAGUUUAACGGCUCAGGCUCGCGCAGCUUAGUGGCCACGAGCAGCAUUGCCCAGUUGGGCCUGAUGGGGAAGGGGGCCAGCGGUAUGAGCGGUGUGGGCGGUGUGGGCGGCGUGAACAGUGUAAGCGGCAUGAACAGUGUAAGCGGCAUGAACAGUGUAAGCGGCAUGAACAGUGUAAGCGGCAUGAACAGUGUAAGCGGCAUGAACAGUGUAAGCGGCAUGAACAGUGUAAGCGGCAUGAACAGUGUAAGCGGCAUGAACAGUGUAAGCGGCAUGAACAGUGUAAGCGGCAUGACCAAUAUGAAUGGCAUGACCAGCGUGACCACUUCCAUGUACAACCAUUUCCAAGAUGCUCCCAACCAGACUGCCGUGAGGAGCCCCGUGAAAAUGAAGCACGCAACUGCGAAUGUAAUGAGUCCGGGUGGCAGCAUGAACGACCAGGUACAUAAUAGGUAUGCCCAAAACGGCGCAAGUGGUGGUGUGGGCUCGAACCACCUAAUGAUGAACGAGUCGACACUGAACAGUCAGAUAAUGGGGAUGAACAGAAAUGGAGGCCUACCGGAAGACAACGGGCAGAAUGGCUACCCAGCAGAGGUGAACACAAAUCAUUUAAGUAGAGACUACAUAAUGAAUAAAGAAAAUUUAGAGGCACAUUUGGGCCAAAAGGGUGAGCUGUUAGGUUCGCCCAUGGGGGGUGGUAGGGGGUCUCCUCCCCACUUGGAUAAAAAUGAGUUUCCCUAUAUGGGGAAAAAAAAAAAUUUCAAUGACUUCAAUGAUUUUAAUGAGAUGCACAGUGGCAGUGGUAUAAUGGCUAGCUCGAAAAGGGGCACCACCCAGCUGAACAAGGUGAUGCAGGCUGGCAACCUCGUUAGCAGCAGUGGCGAUAGCGAAGCGGUGAAGGCCAUGCACAGGGGUACCAACAACUUGCCAGGCAUGCACAGCACAAAUCGGGUGAACACGUCUGAGGUGAAUGGCGGGGUCGGUUUGAUGGGCUCCCGCGGCGGUGCCACCAGUGGGUUGAGCAGCCCCAACCACGUGGCUAUGGUGAAUGCGGUGAAUGGAGCUAAUGGAGCGUUCCCCGCGGAGAAGGAAAACCUGCGGGCGCAAGACGUGGGCAGGAUGUACAGCAAGGGCGCCGCGAACUACGGGCAGGCGACGAUGCAGCACGCCGGGGUCAGCGAUGGGUACGGCGGAAGCGUCCGAAGUGGUGGUAUUGGCAGUAAUUUUAAUAUGAACGUGCUGGGCGGCCAAGUCGAUCCGAGCGUGAAGAGCAUACAUGUUGGAAGUAACCUCCACCCCCAUGGGGAGCUAUACACCGGUAAGUACGCCGCUUCAAAUGAUGCGAAUAAAUAUGUGUAUGGCAGUAGGGACAACGGAAAUGUGGCGAACUAUUCGUAUGGAGACCACGGGGGGGUGAGUCCCCAUGCUGGUGGAAACUACCCCGGAGUGAAUCUUAACCAACCCAACAGUGGAAGUUUCCCCAAUUCGUAUGAAGGUCUGCCCGAAAAUGGCAAAAGCGGACUUGGGCAGCACGGGUUCAAUCAGGCAGUGGACGUCGUCUCCCCCUCCAACGACAAGAAGAAUCCCAUCAACUUAAAAAAUAUCAUCAACAUUAAUAAUAAUUUUAAUAUGCUAAUGAAUAGUAUGAACAUGGAUGGGGUGGGGGGACUAAUCGGCAUGGAGGGCAACCCCAAGGGGGGGAGCGGCAAUUCAAUGGGGGGGAGCAACAACCCGAAGGGUGGUUACUAUAUUAGCAGGAGUGGUGGCCCCGUCGGUAGUGGCACAAAUAGCCAGCUGUACAAGGACGGCAUGAAUGUGGCGUAUAAGCCUGGGAGUAACUUCCCGAUGAAGGGAAGCAACACUGCCGCUGUUGGGUCCUCCACGGGGUCCUCCCCCUCCGGUGGGUAUAGCAGAAUGGUGAAGGAGAGCAACGGGAAGAAUAACGCAGUUGGUGUGAUGCAGGGACAGUUGGAGGUGAAAAAUAAUGGGGCAGCAAAUGGCAUGGGGAUGAAUUACUCCAUGCAGAAUGUACUUAGCAAGGGUGGCAAUUUGAGUCAUCCUGGGAAUGGGCCAGGCAUUAUGCCCUCCACUGCCUCCUCCGGGGGAAUCAAUUUGGAGAGCCCAAACAGUUUGCUCUACAGCAUAGGUAGGAAUUUGCAUCUGCAGGAUGUUGCCAAGGUGAAGAAGUCGCGGGUGGAGUCGAAGGCGGAGUCGAAGUCAAAGUCGAAGCAGAAGUCGUCCAAGUCGACAGCUGUAGGUGCCAUUCUGUUUGAAGACAGCCCCAUGUCGAUGGGCGGAGCGAAUGCGCUGGGCAGCGCAGGUGCGAAUAGGAAGAACGGUCUCGAUUACAAAGUGUAUGGUAAAAAUGGCGAGGAAGUCCUCACCUAUAACGGUAAUGGGAAUGGCCUCAUCGACCGGGAUGUACAGCUAGCCAAUAUGGCAAUGCGACAGAACAGUCAAGAGAUGAAAUCUAUAUAUGCGAAAGGAUCCUACAAGAGAAAAAAAGCCGAUGGUGUAGCCAAAUCGAAUGAAGAACAGAUGAAUGCUGCGGAUGUGUUGGCUAGUCCCAAGAAGGCAAGGAAGAAGAAGAGUGACCAAGUGAACUUUUCCUCGGGGUCAUCCAAUAAUGAGACAGCAUUGAAGGCCCCCCAGAUGGAAAUGAACAGUAGGAAUGAUCCCUAUUGGAGUUCGAAGCUACAUAAGGGCAGUGACUCUACGGGUGAAUGUGACAACAGUACGAGGUACAUGCCCAACGGACAGUCGUGCAUUGAAAUUGCUGACGAGGAAGACACCACGAUUGGGGACGGUGCAGGGGAAAAAAACGCGGCCUAUGUGGAAGCAUCUAAUGAGUGUAGAAUUGCCAGCGAGGGUUAUAGUACACCGGGCGGUGGCGCUGGUAGGAAGUACAACCAGCAGAGUGCUGAUGAGCAGCGCGUAGCCCACGUGGAUGCAGUGGCAGGGGGGUCAGAGAGCAGCAGCAGAGUGGCGGGCGCGCCGAAGGGCGCAGGCAGUUUCAAGCACGAAGGUCCAAAUGUUCAGAAUGAGCAGUCAGGGGAAGGAAGUACUAACGGGGCAUCCGCAGCAGCCGUGGCCGCCUCCGGCGCAGGGUGCACUGCUCCCCCCCCCGGGGGGACAUCUCAAUGGGGAACCCAUUUCAGCAAGCCAAAUGACAAGUGUGUAGUCGGUGAUUCCCACCGAAGCAGCGGAGUUGAUAGGGGCAACCACCAAGCGGAGGACCUCACCUCUGCGGAGGAGAAGCCCAGCCUGAUGAAUAACCCCAGUGUAAAUGAUGCAAAGGAUGAGCAGAGUAUCACCGAGAUGAGCAUUGCCAUGUCGCUCAAAAACAUAGAGGAGACCAUUACCAAGUACAAUGAAUUGGGAAAAGCGAAGGGCCCGCAAAAUGGGGAAAACGCCACCGUGGUAGGUGUGGAUAAUGCCAUUUUGGCUAGCCAGAGUGCCAACUGGGUCAGUGACAAAAGGGAUGGACACCCAAGCGCCAAGGACUGUGGCCGUAGUAUUUAUUCCACCAUAGAAGAAAUGUUUAGCGAACCUGUAGGCAGUUCGAAUGAGGUGCGUGAGGGCAGGGCGGGCAGCCGGGAGGAGAGCAGCCCGAGCGGUGAUGCUGAUGGGAAAUUCGAUGCGGCGAACGAAUCACACCAGACGGAACAAGGGGCAGCGCGCAGAUGCGCCCUCGAGGGGAACAUCGCGUACGAUAGGAUACGGCUGGACGAUAUUAGUAAGGUGAACUGUGACGAGCUGUAUUUCGGCAGCGGGGGGGAUCACCUGGGAGAUGGAAAAGGAGCGGCAUAUGGUGAAGAGGCUAAAGAGGAGGACGUGGCAUGCCUGACGCAGACGGGACAGGGCGAUAGCAGCACCGCCUUUACGAAUGACGCGAGGGGCAGUCAAAAUGUCAUUCUCUCCGUGUAUAAUUUAGAGGAGGGGGAGAAAUUCCACGUAACCAAUAGAGCCUACAACAUUUUUGAAGAACAGAAAGAGGGGGGUGAAAAGGCGAAGGGGUUUGAGGAAGGUGGUAGCACUACAAGCGAACUGGAUGAGGAGAAUCGGGAUGGCGAGGAACAGCAUGAGGAGGGCACUAUGCAUUGUGCGCCUGGGAGAGUGGCGGAAAGUGGAGGCCGCGCGUUCGACGUGGAAGAAAAUUCCGUUCUCGAGGUCAGCGAGGUGAGCGAGGUCAGCGAGGUCAGCGAGGUCAACGAGGUCAGCGGAGAUGAUGGCACCCUCAUGGGGGAGGAGGCCAUUGAGAAUGGCUGUAAUGAGAAUGGCGGCAGUGGGGAUGCCGGACGUGAGGACAAAAUUGCAGACGAGCGAGCGGACGGAGACGCGACACCCCGAACCGAAACCGCGAGUGGAAAAAGAAGCAAUGUCCUGGAAGUGCACAAUUUUAGGGCAGAGCACCCGAACAAGCCGCAAAAGCUGACGCUCGUUUUGAACCAGAAGGUGAUAGACGAGCUCGAGGUGGUGUACCAGAGAAUAAAAAAAGUGAAGUGUGCUGAUGGAGACCAAAUAAACUUCAGUGCUUGUAGAAAGAUUAAUCGGGAAGAAUUCGAGGCAAUAUGGAGUUACCUAGCCGGCACCCUGGACGGGAGUUGCGCGAAAAACAGGAAAUUAAAAAUCGUUAAAGUUGUCCGGUCGACUAUGCUGCAGCAGGUUUUUUACGAGAAGGGAGACAAGCCUAAAGUGAUCACGCUCGAUUUUCAUGUGAACUCCUCCGGCGAAAUGUGCGAUGUCCAGGGCGGAAACCUCGUUCAUAACAAGUGA